UUUCUACGUAAAUCUUGCCGUACUACCUUAACGUACGGUAGAUCCUAGGGUACCGUAUGACAACGUGGAUCAAAAAAGAUGGUCGAUUGUAAAUUGGUUUUGGUUUUUGUUUUUGACAUUUGAACCUCGAUCCUGCCCGAUCCAUCGUACGUACUCGUACUUGUAUCGGUAACUGGAACUAUCAUACCGUACGUAUUCGCGAAGAAAAAGAAUCGCCGAGCCCUCGACGAUCCCGAUUCUCAAUGAACCAUCGUAGGAGGACGACACCGCCUAGAAGCAGCACAGAGAGAGAAGCGACCRRAASCACUGCCCACCACUACAACGCGGCRAGACAAAGAGAUCCCAGAUGGGGCGGUCCACAGACUCGAUUCAGUAACACGACAACAGCUACAGCUACAGCUACCUCCGAUCCGCGACGACCGGAAGACACCGACACCAUGAACCCAACCGCGAACCACCGGCGUCGACUUUUCCGGCGAGCACACCGYCGCCACAGAAGUACCCUAAGAGUGUUCCAGAGCGCCGCCCUCGYAUGUCUUUUCGGGUUUCUGGCCCUGCUGCUGUCGAUCGCCGGGUCCGCGGGUUCCGUUUCCUCGUCCUCUUCGGGCGUCUCGACGAAACCCACCACCGCGCUGGCACGCACCGGUUCGAAGGACCGAGUGCACGGAAGGGGCAACGGAAACCCCUUUCGCAGGGAACGAACGAUCGUCUCGGGAUUUGGAUCGCGGUCGAUCAAGAAGACCGUCUUUGCGCAGAGGGGYACGAGGAAGCCCGGGCACCGAGCGACGGCAAAGAAAAAGAAGACCCACGGCGACGGAGGGGCCGGGACCGGAGGCCAAGGACCGCCGCCGAGAAUGUGGGUGCAGCGGUCCAACUACGGAGACGGCGACGAGAAAGAGGAWGACGCACUGUGGAUCAUGGUGCGAGACGACGACCAGGCAGGCGACAAGAUUGUUCUCAAGCUGUCCUUCGACGACGAAACGGACGACUGGGUGACGAACGAGGCAACGCCGGAAGAAGAAUCGGACUUUGUCAAGGACCAUCCCCUCGACGAAUGGAUACCGGUCGAUGGAUUGUACGGAGCCUACAGGGUCCCGAGUGGAAUGCUCUGGAUCCUGGUCACCGGAACGGAGGCCGUCUACGAGGCACCCCCGUUGGCCUCCUCCUCCGAAACCCCGUGGUGGCAGAUUCGCCGCGUCACGAGCCUCGAGAUCGUMCACCUCGGAACAAAGGGGUACCACCGGCCCGGGAAAACCAYGGGGMAGGGGUCGAGGACACCGGCGCAAGGUGCCCUGACGGCGCCCGAGCUGCGAGAAGAAGUCCGGCAGCUGGGUCUCUUGCGCAAGGCCCUGAAACAACACGAGUUCUAUUACGUUCCGGAAGGGGACGGCUUGGUGGUCCGCGACAUGACCAAGAACAUCCAGCGGUCCAUYCUGGAAUCGGACGCCAUCGGUGCCAACCAAACGGCCCCGGACCACACCGCGUGGUGGGGCGACGGCGGCGGUGACGACGCGACCGCGAACCGAAUGCCCGAUCCCCGGUUCUUCUGGAACCAGCACGCCGUGGAACCGAUCCUGGGGCGGCACCGAGCCAGCGGGGAACGGGAACGGUCCCGGAAGCUCACCGGUGUGCUGCUGGACCACGUGAUUCCCCUCACGUCUGCCUUUGUGGGCGUUCGGGCCAACAUCACCGUGGCCGGUGGCGGCAAUGCCUCCGCCCCGGUCUCGUACGACGAGGUCCUGAUCAGCCGGCGGAGCCGGUUCCGGGCCGGCACGCGCUUCACCGUGCGGGGGGCCGACGCCGCGGGGAACUGCGCCAACUUUGCGGAAACGGAGCAGGUCUGCCUGACGACCACCACCGCCGCCGCAGAAGAAGAACCCUCCGCUCCGGGCAACGCCGGGGGCAUUCGCUCCGUUCUGCGGUCCGUAGCGAGCCACGUGCAGACCCGGGGAUCGAUCCCGCUGCGGUGGUCGAGCCCCGCGGACAUCAAGACCUACCGGCCGCGGGUGAACAUCGGCGCGGAUCCCCUGGCGCAGGCGCGGGCGGUCCGCCUGCACGUCCUGGACCAGCUCCGCCACUACGCGACAAAGUACGAAGGGGACGACCRGCCCCGCGGCGAUUCCGCGGCGACCGGCGGACCGUCCGACCACGCCGACGUUGUCUUUGUGAACCUCGUCGACAAGCACAGCGAUCAGGGCCGCCUCGGUCGAGCCUUCGACGCCGUUCUGGCAGCGGUGGUAGACGUGCACGGAAACGAGAGCAGCAGCGAAGAAGAAACGGCCGCCGGUCCCGACACACCGGAAUCCGGACCUUCUCCCGGCAGAAUCGGGCAAAACUCGGUCAAGCACGUGUGGUACGACUUUCACGCCGAGGUGAAGAACGGUCGCUGGGAUCGGYUGGGCCUUUUGCUGGACGACUUAAGGCCUUCCCUCGAGGGGCAUGGGUAUUUCUUGGCGCACGGACCUUCGACGGGUUCCAGUGGUAACAACACCAUGCCCCAAGACAAGCGGUGGACGAUCCAACGGCUCCAAAAUGCCGUGGUUCGCACCAAUUGCAUGGAUUGUCUGGAUCGGACGAACGUCGUCCAAAGCAUUUUCGGUAGAUACAUGCUUUUCCAGCAGCUUUCGGAAAAGUCGGAGGAUCUCUCCGAGGCAGACACGAAUAGCGGAAUGUGGACCCACCUGAAAAAGCAAUUUCGAAAGAAAUCUAUGAAAUUGCCGUGGGAAACCGGGGAAGUUGCACACAGGUUGCUAUGGGCGGACAAUGCCGACGCAAUUUCUCGCUUGUACGCUGGAACUCCCGCUCUCAAGGGCGACUUUACUCGAACCGGGAAACGGACCAAGCGAGGAGCUCUCGACGACGGAAUGAAUUCCCUCCAGCGCUACUAUCUCAACAACUUUCUCGACGCGGAUCGACAGGAAGGUUAUGAUCUCCUCGUGGGGUACGCUCCAUUCUCGAACGUUGCAGAGGAAAUUCAMUUUCACGACGAUACCGAUGCAGCGAACUCSCCACGGUCACCCGUAUCGUUUUUAGGAGGAGCCACGAGGCAGAGCAUUCUGAGCGAUCUUGUGAAAGGGUCGUCUUAUCACCAGCGCAGCGAUCUUCAGCGUCGGCURAAAGAAAUCGGAGUUUCGAAGCAACCCGAYUUGGAUUUGCGGUGGUUGCCGGGAGAUCUUCAAACACAGCUUCGCGAUCAGACCAGUGACGCACCGACAACAAAUACCAACAACGGUACGACGCAGAACGAGCACCCGAAGGCCAAAGGAAAGGAAGCAAAAUUCUGUUCCCAGCAAGCAAUGAAAGCAAUCGACAAACGAUCGCACGCAGAUUCGCCGUGGUGGUUCAAAUCGGACGGAGACUGGCUCGUUGUGGAUCACGAAGAUAAAAAUAGACAAACCUCGAGUUUGGCUAUGAAUGAACACCGGAGUCAGGUCAUACUGACGCCAACGCAGUUGGCAAUUGUCUUUUACCUAGGGUUUAAGGCACCUUCGUUGCUYGUUUGGCUCACGAUUUCAAUCUUGAGUUUUGUUUACUUUCCCGACUGCAUCGAAAACGACUAUCAAAGACAAAAAUCUCUUAGAUUUUAUGUMCAAGAUAUCCUGACACAGAAAAACGAAAACGAUGAAACACAGUAGUAAAAAUUCAAUUUGAUCUAUUUCGGUUUAUUCGGACGCCGUCGGUGGYAUCAUCGCCAUCCCUAAAUGUAGCGACAGAUGACGAUGAUGUCAAUCAAUAAUACACUGUUUCCAUUACCAACACAUAUCAGGUAUGUAGGCAGAGAACUCACCAUAGCUAUGAUGGUAUUUUUGUAAAUWGUCUAAGGAUUUCUAUUUCUUCAUUCUAGAAGUACAUCACAACAAACAACAAAUUACUUYUAUCAUAAAAAUAGAAAAACUAAAAACUAAAUCAGAACGAAAAUGUCGCCAAAUUUCUCUCCUUUUUGCAUUUGUUUCUCCCCCAUUAUCAGUCCCCCCAUUUUAAAUUUUAAAAACUGAAGCAGCGCCAACGAUUUCUUUCGGAGCCAGGUUCAUUCUCAUCAUCGCGAUUGACGAUCAUCGAAGCCACCAGAACUCGAAGAAGAGCGACAUUGUUAAGCGUGACCAUUGAAAAAUUGCUCGAUCAAAAACGUUGAAAACCAACCAUAGCAUUUGUUCAUUCAAAAUAUAGGACACUAUUGUAAAUCAAAAUGGUACGUCAACACAAUAAAGCUAGUUGCAUAUGCUUCAUUCCAAUUCAUUACGAACCUUGGCUUCCAGUUUGAAUUACGUCAAUUAUGAAGAAAUCACGGAUCGGAGAGAGAUUAAAAUAUUUCAUCAGGUGCCAAUGUGCUGCCGAGCACAAUCURCCRGUGUUGUGUCUGUCAUUGAAUUGGUCCCCAAGCUUUGAGUAUCGAUGAAUGAAGGUACCUUUGAGUGUGGGAAAUUUUCCUCCGUUGCAUCCGUUGUGGCCCGAUAGUGCGCUCCAUUCGAAACAGUGGCGUUUGUCCAUGGUCCCAAUUUGUUUGCGGUUUGGUUGGGAAGUGAAAGAUGGAGCAUUUCACGGGUUAAAUUAGAACAGAGUAGUGGAAAGCUACCUUUUGACGGAAUCGUGCAAUGCAUCAUACAGCAAUAGCAAUGACAUAUGAAACAACAAUCACCAGCGCAGGAGCUUAAUUAUUUUGUCGAUCUGAUCAAACGAUGACCAAGCAUUUUCCAUUUCUGCAGCUUUUCUCACUGCUUUUUGUUUUGUUCUCUCCCAUUCUUCACGGCCGAUUUUAUCACACUGUCGCAAUGCUUCUAUUCGGUAACGCACCAUCCAUUGUAGGCUCAACAAACACCAGAAUUCAAACUUAUUCUCGUUGGAGAUGGUGGCGUUGGUAAGACGACUUUCGUGAAGCGUCACUUGACGGGAGAAUUCGAAAAGAAAUAUGUAGCAACCCU